AUGGGGACUGCUGAUUCGGAUCUAAAGAGUGACUGGAAAACAACUGACAAACAGUUCUGCGUUCCUCUUGAAAGAGAUUCUCAGGAAAAAAAGCGACUCGUUAUCAUGGUUGGAGCAACUGUGCGACGAUUUUGGACCUCGACAUGUUGGAUCGCUCAAUCUGGAAAAAGAGCAAUAUUUAGCGCAAUCGACUGGGUACUGGCAUCGCUUCGUUCUGACAACUUCAUUGCCCAUUCUGAGCCCGUUCCAGGUCUACCACACUGGAUCAGGGGCGAUGAUAGAGCUUUCAUCGUUGAACCGCGAUUACACAAACUCAACAUUUUGGCAAUUGAUGGAUCUCCACCGGGACAAAUGGAGAAGGAA